AUGGCGAAGAGGGCACCGAAGAGAGCCGCAACAGAUGAACACUCUAGUAGUAACGUUUCCGACCCAAGUAUGGCGGCGAAGGGAGCAAAGAGAACCGCAACGGAGAAACAGAUUGGUAAUACUUCGGGGCGAUCCAUAGUGAGGAAGGCGGCAAAGAGAGCAGCAGUUGAUGAACAGAGCAAUGGUAAAAUUGGUAGGAAGGAACCGGAGCGAAAAGUCAAGAAUGAAGAAAAACCCAGCAAUGGCUUCACAAGUCCAUGUGAUCUUUUGGCGGAAAGCAGGAUAGGAUUCGCAUUGACUUUCUGCUCCUCAGACUCGUUCAUACUUCCACAUAAUAAAGCAAGUAGCUUAAAGAGGCGAAGUUCCAUUUUCAUAGAGAUCUAUGCUACUCUUGUGAUAAGCGGAGAAAAACUGAAACUCAUGGGUCUGUAG